AUGUUUAAUUUUUGCCCGCUACAGGGCGCCUUAUCCCAUCGGCCUGGGCUGGGACGAGUCUUUCGACCCCAAAAGCUCAAGGAGCUAGAAAAACAAAUACAAAGCCAGACCAUCUCCCUCAUUCUCCUCACACAUGCCACCGUUGGCCACCUCGCCGCAUUUGCGUACUGCUGCAAAAACUUUCCUCGCUUCACACACAUACCCGUUUACGCGACAAGACCGGUCGCCGACCUCGGCCGGGCUCUUCUCCAAGAUCUCUACGAAUCCACCCCGAAGGCGGCGACAACUAUACCCGAAUCAUCCCUGGCCGAGGCCGCGAUAGCCUUCACCCAGAAGCCCACCAUCGCCGAGCAGCUGCUCCUGCAGGCCCCGACGUCGCAGGAGCUCGCCCGCUACUUCUCCAUUAUCCAGCCCCUCAAAUACUCACAGCCCCACCAGCCUCUACCGACCCCGGAACGCCCCCUCUCAAUGGCUUGA